AAAUUUGACUGAACAACUUUCACUUGUAGUGGAGUAAUAUUUGACCAGGGGUAUCUAUACUUUGACUCCAUGACUUUGAAGUAAUGGGGUUGUGUACUUUGUCCACCACUGCUAGCUAGCUAGCUAACUACUGCUCUGGAUAAGAGCGUCUGCUAAAUGCCUGUAAUGUAAUGUAAUACUGCAAUGGCGGAGGUGAAGGAGCACAAGCGGACUGAAAUGACAAGCCGAUAGGGCUUGUUCAAACACCGGAGUCAACCUUGGAAUUUCUCAAUUCCUCAAUGGUGAUGGCUGAAGUUCAGCAAGGGGAUGAAAAACGACACAAAGUUGGCCUGCUUUCUGUUGGACCACCUGUAAGCAACAUUACCUGAUGGUAGACACAGGAUCACAGCAAGGCACAGUUGGCCUAUGGCGUUAAUGCGGUGGUGUCCAGUCUUAUCCAAAAAGGGACGAUGUGACAGAAGGUUUAUGUUUUGCCCCAGCAUUAAGACACCUGAUUUUGCUUAUCGAGGUCAUAACUGAAGACCAUGAUUAGUUGAUUAGUUGAAUGAGGUACCGUAGUACUGGUAUCGUUAUUCACCAUACUGGCCCUUUUCAGAUAAGAUUGGACACCCCUGCUGUAAUGUACAGUAUGUAUGCUAAAUGGAGGUGAUCUGUAGAUUGUUAUAGAAACUAUUUCCGCAAACGGUUAGAUUUCUUCACUCAUACAAAGUUAUGUAGCUUAGUGUGCAGAUUUAUGAACAUUUAUUUGGCUACUACAAUACCAAUAUCCAGCGCUUUCUUGCAGUGUGUCCUGAAGUUCAAUGGUUCAGCAAAGAGAGCCAGUUUUAACCCUGAUAUCUUUAUUCUCACGUAAUUUUAUUGUACCCUUUUACAACCAAGUUAAUUUUUAACCACAACAGUAGAACUCCAUGAGCUUCAUUGCCAUUUGGUUUGCUAGAAAAAAGGAGAAAUUGUCAUCCACUCCACGCCAACAAACCAAGGGAUUGUUAUAACUUGCCAUUUUCACCUGAGAAUACCGAGUCCCCAGUACAAUUAUGGGCUAUGGCAAAGUUCUUCUAGGGAUCAUAGGUGCAGCAGGCGUCGUCACGUUAAUUGUGGUACCAACAGUUAUUUUUUUGAACGAACAAGAUGUGGGCGAUCCAAUGAAGACAUACACACUUGACGACUACUUCAACAGCACCAUUCGUUAUAGAUCAUACAAUAUGCGCUGGAUAUCAGACAACGAGUACCUAAAUAGAACCAGAAAUGGAGCAGUAGUGCUUCACCAAGUCGACACAGGAAUCAUCUCAGUAUUUUUGAACAGCGAUACCUUAGAUGAGGUACAAGCAACUGAUUACUUGGUGUCUGCCGAUCGGCAGUAUGUAUGUUUUCAGAUCAAUUACACAAAGCAAUGGAGGCACUCUUUCACUGCUUCUUACUCUAUGUUCCACAGGGAAAAAAAUUUGUUUGUGGAGUCCCAUAUUCCAGAUAUGGUGCAGAACUUAGCAUGGGCUCCAACUGGAAAUAAACUGGCCUUUGUUUGGAAUUUCAAUGUUUAUGUAAAACCAAACGCCACAGCGGAAGCUAUGCAAGUGACUACCAACGGGCUAGAGAAUGCGAUUCUCAAUGGCAUCCCUGACUGGGUGUAUGAGGAGGAGAUGUUCUCAUCGAACAAUGCAAUGUGGUGGUCUCCGAGUGGGAGGUUCCUGGCCUAUGCAGAGUUUGAUGACAGAUUGGUCCCCAACAUUGAAUAUUCUUGGUAUGGAUCUGAUCAGUAUCCCCAAACAGUCAUUAUUCCAUACCCCAAGGCAGGGGCAACAAAUCCCACAGUCAAGCUGUUUGUUGCUGAUACUACCCAAGCCCCACCACAAAUCAUGCAGGUUGCAGUGCCAAGUUCAGUAGGAGCAAGUGACCACUAUUUGAGUUCCGUCACCUGGGUUACAGACGAGCGCAUUGCAGUCCAGUGGCAGACGAGGAAGCAGAACUAUGUCCUUUUACAGAUCUAUGACUUUGAUGGGAGCCACUGGAAUGAGACAGAAAGUCACGUGGAAGAGAGUGAGCGUGGAUGGGUUGGGCGAUUUUCACCAGCUACACCUGUCUUUGCUGAGGACAACAUCAGUUUUUACAAAGUGAUGAGUGACUCAAAUGGCUAUAAGCACAUCCAUCACGUGAAUGCUGGUGUGGCCACCCCCAUCACAUCAGGAACUUGGGAGGUGAUCUCCAUUUCCAAACUGACCAAAGACGCCAUAUACUACAUCAGUAACGAACACCUUCGGCGGCCUGGCCAGAGGAACCUUUACAAGAUUGCAGUUGGCAGCAAACCUUCCACUCCUCAAUGCCUUACUUGUACAGUGGAUGAGGACCGGUGUCAGUACAACUCGGCGUACUUCAGUAAAAAUGGCUCUUUCUACUGCAUGGAGUGCUAUGGACCUGGUCUACCUUUGUUUAUACUUUAUGACAACAGGGGCACUCUAACAGAGAUCCGGGUUAUUGAAGACAACAAAGAUCUGGAACAGAUUCUUUCUGGGAUCCAGAUGCCAACCGUGCAGCGUGACACCAUCAGGAUCGGUGGAUUGGACCUUUGGUACCAAAUGACUCUGCCUCCUCAUUUCGACAAAUCAAAAAAAUAUCCCCUCCUAAUCGAUGUGUACGCAGGACCAUGUAGCCAGAAGGUAAAUGACGUUUUCAGGCUGGACUGGGCCACAUACCUUGCCAGUACAGAGAAUGUUAUUGUGGCCAGCUUUGACGGAAGGGGCAGUGGUUACCAAGGUGACGCUAUAAUGCACGCUAUCUACAAACGGCUGGGAACAUUUGAAGUGGAAGAUCAAAUUUCAGCUGUGAGACAAUUUAUUAAUAUGGGCUUUAUAGACAAAGACAGAAUAGCCAUCUGGGGUUGGUCAUAUGGAGGUUAUGUAACAUCCAUGGCACUGGGUGCUGGGAGUGGAGUUUUCAAGUGUGGAAUGGCAGUUGCCCCAGUAUCUAAAUGGGAAUAUUAUGACUCAAUCUAUACUGAACGUUAUAUGAACCAACCUUCUGAUAAUCCUGCAUAUGAAAAUUCCACAGUAACCGGUAGGGCUGCAAAUUUCAAAUCUGUUCAAUACCUUUUGGUUCAUGGCACAGCAGAUGACAAUGUUCAUUUCCAGCAAGCUGCACAAAUCUCCAAAGCUCUUGUCGAGGCAGAAGUGGACUUUGACGCAAUGUGGUACACUGAUAAGGACCAUGGCCUGGGAGGCUCUGCCCAUCAUCACGUCUACACACACAUGAGCUACUUCCUCCUGAAGUGCUUUGGCAUGAAAUAGACUAACUGCUGCCAUUCCAAAUAAAAAUAAUCUAUACACCAACUGCCCUUUCAAAUACAUAUAUCCUUUAACUACUGCCACUCCAAAUAUGGAUAUCCUAUACUUCUGCCAUUACAGAUACAUAUAUCGUAAACAUUAUAAAAAUAUUGCACUAAAAGUAAAACCUUUCAUAUUUCAGUGUGGCAGUUGGUAAAAAUGUAAGCAUGAUGUAGAGCAAAUUAAUGUGUAACUUCAACUGAUGUAUUCUUUAUUGUUUUUACCUGAAUAUUUAUAAUUGUAUUUCAUUUUUAUAAAUAUCCCCAAUAAAUUGAACCAGGGCAUGCUUAUGCAUACUCAACUACUAAACUAGGUUUACUACCUUUGCCACAUGGCCUACCAAUUGUUUUUCAAAUCCUUAGAUCCUCUCAGAUUACUGCUAUUCAAAAAUAUUGUCUUCAUUCUAAUAGGAAAACUUUUUGUUCUAUACACUUACAAUUGCCUUUAUUGAACUUUGGAGUCUUGGACUGAGAAUUAUGUUGUGAUGUCUUCCUAUGAAUUACACGAAGUGACUACUGCACUGUUUCUGCCACACCAUGCCAGUGCCUGCUUGUGUUAUAAUUGUACGACUGAAAAACAUGCACAGUGACCACUGUUUAAGACGUUUGGGAGAUGGCAUCUUAUUUGCUAAAAUAGAUUUUAACAUGCGGACAUUCUUUUGAAAAAUACUCAUCUUGCUCUGAAAUUAAAAUCCUACUGCAAUGUAAAGACUCUAGUAGCUAAAGUAUGCCAAAUGUGUCCCAUUGGUGAUGUACCAUUGUAACGUUGGUACAGCUGUUUGAGAUGUGGCAUAUAUAAAAAUGUGGAUAAAGACUUCAACUUUAAAAUGUGUCCAUAAUUAAAUAAAAUGUUAAUAUUUA